ACAAUCAUUAAUUUUUGAGACAUCACCAGAAUCGAAAAAUUUUUUAAAUCAUAUACAAGAGUACAAUUCGUCUUUUCAAAUGACUUUUUUCGGCGCUACAAAAAUUAUAAGAGAUCAAUUUAUGCCGACACUUAAGGUGAUUGCAUGGAAUAUUUGAUGGUUUUUUUCAAUGAAUAGGGAAAAAUUUAUUCCUAUAACAUCGCAUACAUAUUACAGAUCCAAGGUCAAAUUUAUCACCUAGCGGGUUCAUUGUUACCGCUCCCUGACGCUAACCAUCAAUUUUUACAAAUAUAUUUCAUCGGAGAUAAAAAUCAUGAAUUAAAUCAACGGUGCACAAUUGGUUCUCACACAAAAAGAGAAAUUCUUUGCGAACUACAAAAUUUUUUCAUCAGCACAAUGAAUUAGUCCAAUUAUUCAAACCAGCUAUGGAUCGGUUGCCAUCUGAUAAUCACAGAAUCGUUAUAAGAGCCGAUAAAACUCCAACUGGAGAGCAUUCAAGAAGAUUCAAUGCACCAACCAUUGAUAAAGUGGCCAUUGUGAUUGUUGGCGAUCAGUUUCAAUCUUGAGAUAUUAUUCUUCACCGUAGAAAUGAACAAUUACAACGUGUUUCGGAGCUUCAUCGUUGUUACGAUGCAUUACAGUAUCCUAUAUUGCACUAGAAUGGCCAUGAUGGAUACCAUAUAAAUAUCCCAAUGAUUAAACCAAGCACAGGUACAUAAUAUGUAUAUAUCGUGCUCAUAAAUAUUUCGUUUAAAUAAAAGAUUUCCAUUUUGAAUUGAAAACUUCUAAAUACGUUUUGAAACGUAUUUCUUACAGGUCUUGAUGCUCAAAAGAAGGUCAGCGCCAUGAAUUAUUAUUCAUACAGAUUAAUGAUUCGCGAAGGAAGUUCAAAUUACAUUUUGAGAUGUGGAAAACUGUUUCAUCUAUACAUUGUGGACAUGUAUGCGAAAAUUGAGACUGAACGUCUCAAUUACAAUCAAUCAAAGUAAAUUGCGAUCAGAAGAAUACAUACAUUUGCGUGAUGCAAUAACAAAUUAUGGGAAGUUGAAUGAUAUUGGACGUCUGACGAUAUUACCAGCAUCUUAUAUUGGAAGUCCUCGCCAUAUGCACGAAUAUUCUCAAGAUUCGAUGUCAUACGUGAGAAAAUACGGACGACCAGAUUUAUUUAUUACAUUCACAUGUAAUCCGAAGUGGAGAUAUUCAAAAUAAUUUGUUUGGCGGUCAAUCAACAACAAAUCGUCACGAUAUAAAUGCACGUGUUUUUCGUCAAAAAUUAAAAGCGUUGAUGGAUGUAAUUGUGAAAUUGCGCGUAUUUGGAGAAGUGCGGUGUUAUAUGUAUUCAAUCGAAUGACAAAAGAGAGGAUUGCCGCACGCACAUAUAUUGAUAUGGUUGGUUCGUAAAAUCGCAUCAGAUGAAAUUGAUAAUAUCAUAUCAGCCGAGAUACCAGAUCAAACAAUUGAUCAAGAAUUAUUUGAAGUCGUCACAAAACAUAUGAUUCAUGGCCCAUGUGGCGUACUAAAUAUGAAUUCACCAUGCAUUAUUGAUGGCAAAUGCUCAAAGCGUGAUCCCAGAGCAUUGACUUCCGACACAAUAACAGGCAAGGAUGGAUACCCGUUGUAUCGACGACGGUCUACUGAAUAUAAUGGUCAACAUUCGUCAUCAAGAAACCAUCGUCGAUAAUCGCUGGGUUGUGCCAUAUUCAACACUUCAGUCAAAAAUAUUUCAGUCUCACAUUAACGUUGAGUAUUGUAAUUCCGUCAAGUCAAUCAAAUACAUUUGAAAGUAUGUGAAUAAAGGAAGUGAUAUGGCUGUCUUUGAAGUACCUGAUGCUGACAAAUUUGGCGAAUAUUUUCGUUUCCAUUGCACGAAAGACAUCCUGUUGUUGUUCAUCUAGCGGUGCAUCUUGAAAAUGGUCAACGUGUUUAUUUUACUACUGAAAAUAUACAGCAGAGAGCAGCACAACCACCAACGACUACUUUAACUGUUUUUUUUCUACUUUGUGAAACCGAUACGUUUGCCAGAAGUUUGCUAUAUACCGAUGUACCUCAGUAUUACACAUGGAAUACAUCUUCAAAAGAAUUCCAACGACGUAAAUAGGGUACAGCAGUUGAUGGUCACAACAGACGCUUUGGGCAGAAUGUUUACGAUUCAUCCCAACAACGCGGAAUGUUUUUAUUUGCGAUUGCUAUUGGUGAACGUUCAAGGACCGAGAUCGUUUGAAUAUUUAAAAAUAGUUGAUGGUCAUUUUUGUGAGACGUAUCGCGAGGCAUGUCACCUACUGCAUUUGUUGGAAAACGAUUCACAUUGGGAAUCGACGCUUCAAGAUGCAUGUGUUUCAGCUUUACCACAACAAAUAAGAAUGCUUUUCUCGAUUAUAAUAUCAACAUGCAUGCCAUCGAAUCCACUGGAAUUUUGGAACAAAUAUCAAGAUUACAUGACGGAAGAUAUUUUGAUUCGGAUGCGUCGUACGUCAAAUAAUCCAGAUUUCAUGAUUACCUUGGAAAUGUACAAUGAAGCAUUAAUAAUCAUUGAAGAUAUGUAUGUGUCUCAAAAUUGCGCAUAAAGCAUUAUCACAGUUAUCUAUGAUUUCACCUGAUCGUCCGAUGCAUGAUUUGAUGGAUCAAGAAUUGCAACGUGAACAACAAUUCCAUUGUGACGAAUUGAUUGAAUUUGUGCAAUCAAAUAUUGACAAAUUAAAUGAUCAACAAAACUAUGUAUAUCAAACAAUUUUGCAAGCUGUUUCUGACAACACAGGCGGAAUAUAUUUCUUGGACGCACCUGGUGGAACCGGAAAAACAUUCAUUAUUACAUUGAUUCUGGCAGCUAUUCGAUCACAGAAAAAAAUUGCUUUGGCUCUUGCUUCUUCUGGAAUUGCUGGCACUUUAUUGGACGGAGGACGAACAGCACACUCUGCAUUAAAAUUGCCAUUGAACAUGCAAGUGAGUGAAACGCCGACAUGCAAUAUUUCAAGAAAUUCUGCAAUGGGAAAAGUCUUGAAGCAAGCAGCGAUUAUUCUGUGGAAUGAGUGUACAAUGGCCAACAAAAAAUCGCUCGAUGCAUUGGAUCGAACUAUGAAAGAUUUACACGGAAAUCAACAGCUGUUUGGUGGUGCCUUGAUAUUGUUAUCAGGUGAUUUUCGACAAACAUUGCCAAUUCAUCCUCGAUCAACUCCUGCAGAUGAAAUAAAUGCAUGUAUGAAAUCUUCUGCUCUCUGGAGAUUUGUAAAAAAAUUGACGUUGAAUGUCAAUAUGCGUGUCCUAUUACAAGACGAUUCAUCUGCACAUCAGUUUUCGGAACAAUUGUUGGAUAUCGGAAAUGGAAAAAUGCAAAUCGACAAUACAAAUGGAAUGAUCACCUUGCCCGAAAAUUUUUGUACAAUUUUGCAAACAAAAGAAGAAUUGGUCGAAUGCGUUUUCCCAAAUAUCAUUCAGAAUCACAGAAGCCAUGAUUGGUUAGCAGAACGUUCAAUAUUGGCACCGAAGAAUAUACACGUCAAUGCAAUGAACUUCCAAAUUCAAGAAAAAUUGCCAGGUGAAGUCAUAACUUAUAAGUCCAUUGACAGCGUUAUGGAUGAAGAUGAUGCUGUGAAUUAUCCAAUUGAAUUUCUGAAUUCAUUGGAACCACCUGGUACACCGCCACAUCUUUUGAAUUUAAAGGUUGGUUUACCAACCAUAUUACUACGGAAUAUCAAUCCUCCAAAAAUGUGUAAUGGUACACGACUGGUAACAAAGAAGCUAAUGCCAAAUUUGAUUGAAGCAUCUAUACUCAAUGGCAAAGCGAAAGGCGAAAAUGUGCUUAUACCACGUAUUCCAAUGAUUCCAACAGACAUGCCAUUCAAUUUCAAACGUCUGCAAUUUCCGGUGCGUUUAUCAUUUGCCAUGACUAUAAACAAAGCACAAGGACAAACAUUUCAAAUAUGCGGAGUAAAUUUGGAAGAAUCGUGUUUUUCACGUGGGCAAUUAUAUGUGGCAUGUUCGAGAGUCGCUACUGCACAUCGUUUAUUCAUUCAUGCACCGGACAGUAAAACUAAGAACGUUGUUUAUCAAAAUGUUUUAGAUUAGAACUCGAAUUUUUGAGAUUUACAAUUUAUUAUAUAAGUUAAUAAAAUACUUUUUAUAUUUUUAUUUUAAAAAGAAUUUUAUUUUAUAAUAUAAUUUUUUCCGUUUAUUUAUUAUUAUUUGUUGCGAAGACUAUGUCUUCUUAAUCCAACCUCUUUUCUUAAGUAUUAUUAUUUGUUGGGAAGACUAUGUCUUCUUAGUCCAACUUCUUUUCUUAACUAUGCUUAUUGACUACCACUUAACUACUGAAUUCAAAACUUAUGUUAAAAAUUAGUAAAGUGUGUGAGCAGCGAUCAUCACAUGCAUUGCAACGUGACCGUACAUUCAAUGCAGGCGCUAUGUCAGCACUUUUGGGUCGCGCGUGCAACGAUCGGAAAUGGAUUAAACAAAAUUUGGGACGUAAACAGGAAAUGAUAGUCAGCGAAAGUGUAGCAAAAAUAUGCUUAUACGUUUCGUAAUAAUUAUUGAGAAAUGUAAAUAUGUUUGGUGUUAACUUAUACGCUUAUGUAAAAAUAAGAGGAAACUGAAGAAUAAAUACUUUCAAUGUUUGAAGAGUAUUACUUUGUUGAAUUUUUUAUUGAAUCGUUAUGACAAUUUUCUUAUUAUUCGUAUUUAUGUACGCUUCUCAAUGUUAGCGUUAUAACAAUUUUAUGGAGUGAAUGGAUAAUACCGUACGAAUGCAUUCUCAUGAACUGCAUAUCCUUUAUCAACAAUAUCUUGGUCAAUCCUCAUCCUUAAUUCGUAAUCGUCUAAAUUUAUGAAAAAGAUUUCGUCUAUUUGUUUCAUUAUUUUCAUAGUGAAAGAUUCGUUCAAAGCAAUUUCUUCAAAAUAUUUGAUAGCUUCUCGCGUCCAGUAUUUCCCAUUACUUGGCUUGAUAUUUGCUAAUCGGCAAUUCAGAGUUUGCUCUACAUCCUGGUAUUCCCUUUCUUCCGGUCUGAAUUUUACGGUGAAGCACGUUGGGCUAUCAAUCGACUGAACAACAACUGUUUUUUCCUGAAGAUAAUCAGAAUGGAAUGUUCUUCUCAUAUCGAAUCUUUUCAUCGUCAUUUUUUGUGUGGUAUGCUUUGG